CCAUCGUAUCUUUCGGAGAUUUUAACGUUGUUUUCUUUUGAUGUCACAAACUUCUUUUUUUCUUCAAAUAAGACUAACAGCAUUGCUAUCGAAAUUAUACACCAACAAACAGCAUAGCACCUAAAGUUUCUCUUCUUACCAAAACAAAAAUAAAACUCCCACAACCACCGAAAAAAAGGCAUCAUCGUAUGGAUUUUGCAAAUUCUUCAUUGUUCACACUAGAUUUUUCUCAUGAAAAAGAUCUUGAUUUCUCUAGUUUGGUCACUUCUUCAAGGCUUAUAUCAUUCCAAGAACCUAAUCCGAUCAUUCAUUGUGCUGGGAUUCAAAAAGAUGGAAGACAAAAGGUCUGUGAGACGACCAUAACAAGUGAAAUCAGGAAAGGGGUCGAUGAGCCGAAGAACAAGAGAGCUAAACAUAAAGACAUUGAGAGACAAAGAAGGCAAGAAGCCGCGUCUCUUUACAAGAGUCUAAGAUAUUUAUUGCCAUCUCAAUACAUCAAGGGUAAACGUUCUUCCUCAGAUCACGUCGAAGAAGCUGCGAAUUACAUCAAAGACUUACAGAAGAAGAUCAAAGUGAUCAGUGAGAAAAGAGACCGAAUCAAGAGAACUAUUACUCAUCGUUCUUCAACAAGCAAAUGUUCUACAAGAUCAUUAGCAUCAUCCCCAUCGUCAACUUGUUCUUGUAUUGGAGACACACACAUGGCUGUUGUGGUUAGCCCCUGUUUGAUCGGAUUAGAGAUCGUAGUAAGUUGUUGUUACAGACACGAAUCUUUUCUUUCAAGUGUUCUUCAACUUCUGGCUCAAGAGCAAUGUCUUAAUGUUGUUAGUUGCAUCUCAACUAGACAGCCACAAAGAAUCAUACACACCAUUAUUUCUGAGGUGGAGGAUGGAGUAGAGGUUUAUUUUCCAGAGAUUCACGAAAAGAUAAUGAAGAUGGGAAGAAGUUCAUAUGGUAAACGUUCUUCAUCAGAUCACGUUGAAGAAGCAGUGAAAUACAUCAAAGACUUACAAAAGAAGAUCAAAGAGGUUGGCGGGGAGGGAAUAGAGGUUUAUUUCUCAGAGCUUCAAGAAAAUAUAAUCAAGAUGGGAACAUCAUGGUAA